CGCACGUGGCAACUUCUACGAGUAAGUUGUCCUUAUUGUGUUCGAUACCAUCUCCAUCAUCCGAUAUAAGCACACACCCCAGCCAUAAGCUAUGGAGGACGCCAUGGAUGUGGUGAUGCUGGUAAACCAGGUCCAGGCUGCGGCCAAAAACGUGCGCGACCAUAAGCACAUGGUUGUCCAGCUGGCGGGCCGCAUCAGUGCGCUCCAGAGCCUCAUCCUGAGCCUUGUGGAAGACAACGGCCAGGCGUGCCCGUCAGAGUUUCUGGAGCGGUUGCAGGAGGAACUAGAGGCGGCUGUCACGUCCAUCAACCGCUGCACGCGAAGCAACGGCUACCGCGAGCGCUACUUCGAUGACAUCACCAUCGACCUGAAGGACGUCAACUUCCGCAUCGUCAACUGGCUCGGCGACAUGCGCGCGCACAUGGUUUCUGCAGGGAUGCUCGAGGGGCGCGACCAACCGCACCACCAGUCCCGCGCGCUGCGCAUCCUGAAAGAGAUCCGGGACUCUCAGGAGCGCUUCGAAGACUUCGGCUCGUUCGCCGACGCCGAAAUGAAGGACUCCCGCGGAGAGUCCGCGGACCCGAACCGGAAGUCCGUCAGCGGGCGGAAGACGAGCAUGGACCUGCGCCGUGUCCGCCGCUCGAUCGGGGGCGGCUCGCGCCAGGGGAGUCUGAGCAUGGAGUACCGGUCCCGCCCGAACAGCAUCGAGCGGAGCCGUAAUAACAGCUUCUCGUCAGAGGAUAGUCGACGGGACUACCGCCCACGGUCACUGUGGACCGAGUCCGUUUUAGAGGAGGAGGCGCGGAUCGACGAGCUGCGGCGGCGGGCGCGGGCGGAGCUUGGGGAGAUGAACCGGGAGAAAGGCUCGGGAAGGCGGAGCUCGGAUGACUACUACCGGCAGAAGGGGCGGGACUCGAGGGAUUACGCUCGCGGGGAGCGGCGCGACUCGGAGGAGUACUAUCGGGAGAGGGGACGGCGGGAGUCGGAGGAGAUGUACCAGCGUGAGAAAAGGGGGGGGAGGCAGUCGCUGGGGGAGGGGCACGCGAUUUUGGCCCCUGCUGAAGCGGUCAAUUUCCACGACGAGGUCGACCGGGUGCUCGCGGCGCUGGACAACACCGGGGACAUGGACCGGGUCAUUCAGCAAAUCAUCGAGACCCAGACGUUGGGCGAGCGGGAGCGCGAGUUCCUGCUCGGGAAGUCGGAGCGGCUCAAGAAGGAACGCGCGGCGGAGCCGAAGGGCCCCGUUUUCGGGGAUGUUGGCGUCGGGCCCUGGGGCGGCAGCGACGAGGACGCCGAAACGCGAGCGAACAGGGCCCGUCCCGCGGAAGACACCGAGCAGCAGCUGCUGAAGGACGUGGAAGAAGCGCGGAAACUGGCGCGUGAGUUCCGGGACGGCAAGAAGCAGUAUAGAGAGGUACAGGAAGAGCUGCUCGGCUCAGAUUUGGGGUAUCUCCCGCAGACGGUGAAGGAAGAGGCGGCGGUGGCGGUUGUCGAGAUCACGACGGCGCUUGCGGUGGCGGAAUCGGCGACGAUUGGAUCGGAGACGGGGGAGCAGCCGUGGACUUACUCACCCCCCCGGGGCGGUAUGGACUCGAUCCCGGAGGGAUCUAUCGGGGUUCAGACCCCCCUAGUACGAAAGGUUUCCGCAGCCCUAGUCGCGGCCGGUAACGACGCGCCGACUCGGCGGAUGUCUUCCGGGGGUGCGCAGCGGCCGAGUAUCAUUCCGCUCGACCUGCCGAAAGCGGCGCGGCUGAAGCGGACUCGGUCGAACGAGCCGACGACUCUGGAGGACGACAUCGCGGCGGCGCUGAAAGCGCAGCAGGAGGUUGCGGGGCAGGCUGCGGAGAAGCAGCUGGUUGCGGCGCCCGGCGUGAUCGCGAUCGGGCAGAACGGCCCGGUGGCGAUCGGCGCCAAAGGGGCGGGGAUCACCGGGUGGCCGGCGGGGCUGCUGCGCACUGCGAGCAUCCCCCCCGGGCCGGCGUCGCGGACAAAUCCCGAGGCGCUGCUGAAGGAUAAGCAGCGGGAGGAGGCGAGCGUAAUGGAGAAAGUGUACACGGCGCUGAAAGCGGUGAAGAUCGGGGAGUUGAUGAAGCCGGAGGAGUUGCUCGAAGGUGACGGCAAACGGACGUCGUUCUGCGAGCUGCCGACCGGCCCGCGGGUGCUCAGGAAAGACACGAAGGAGGUCAAGAAGGAGAUUGUCAGCUUCAUGGACGAGAUUAACGCCGCGCUCGAGAAAGCGCGCUCGGGACCCCCCCCCGGAUCCGAGAACCUGUCGCGGGAACCCCCCGCAGAGUUCAUCUGCCCCCUCUCAGGCGCGCUGAUGCGCGACCCAGUGCUGCUCAUCGAGACCGAGCACAACUACGAGCGCGUUUACAUCGAGCGGUGGUUCGCGCGCGGGCACCGGGUGUGCCCGGCCUCCGGGGUGGCUGUUCACACCACAACCACGCUGCGCAACCACAAGUUGCGGGGGCAGAUCCUGGACUGGGUGAAGCUGGAGGAGAUCUCCCCCCGAGUGGAACUGGUCCAGCCCCGGGCGGAGGUGCCCCUGUCGUCCACACCACGUGGCACCCCCGAGGGCGUGCCACGUGGCACCUUCGAGGCACGUGGCCCGCCCUCGAGCGGCGCGUCGUCCACCAUCUCGAUGAACGGCCGCCAUGACGACAUCAUACUCGACCUGGCUCCCGACGGGUCGGUUGAAGCGGCGCAAGCGGAGGAUGGGGCUCAAAAGAUUCGGGCGGAGCAGCCGGUUGAACCGGUUACACCGGCCGGGGUUGAGGGGCCGGGUGCAUUGCCCAACGGACGGGGAAAGGAGUCGGAAAUUGGCCAUGAGGUCAGCGAAGCGGGGGCUCAGCAGGAGGAAAAGAUAUCCGGCGCGGAGAUUGUGGCGACCGGUUCCGCGGUCGAAGAGAUUGUCGCAGAGGAGGGGAAGGGAGAGGAGCCUGUCACUGGCGCUGCGGGUGAGGCGGAGUCUUCGAAAGAGGAACAAGGCGCUGAAGCACCGAAAAGGCUUUUGACCGUCACCAGUCGGGUGAAAUCCGCGAUUGAGUUCUUCAAUUCUGCAGCAUUUGUUCCUCCCCAGGCUAGCUAGAAUAUGAAAACGUUGAGUUGACGAUUUGUGUGGUGGGCUUCCAGGAAGUGACGGUCGGGCUGUAAAUGGAUCGCCCGCCAAAUGCUGACCAAGUGUCCGCAUCCCGAUGUAUGUGGAUGCGAGCAAGGGUUGCCACUAACCCUUGGGGUUGCAAACAGUUGAGUUUGAGUUGAUUCGUUUAGGUGUUGUCUUUCCACGUCAGAAACAGUUGCACACUUACCAGUAGCUAGUCUAUUAAACAUAAUGUUGAGGUGUUCGUUUAGUUAUAGUUGGCAGGUCUCAUUUGGGCGGGUCCUCUUUGACAAAUACUAGGAGAUUGUUGCAUCUGCGGAUGGAGCAAAACCUAGUACAUGCACUUGAGGAACUUCAAGAACGUGUGAUUGUUCGCUCGCGUACGCACUCUUCAGUUCUUCGCUUUCAAUGCUGUUGAGCGUUGCCCUGUAAACGCUGUACAAUGCUUCUUUUUAUGCCCGACCGGAAC